CGAAUACAAAAUGAUUACGACAUCCCGAGGAUUCUCGUUGAUGAUGAUUAACGAGUUCACGUUCUACACGCCGAAAAAAGGGGCGCUUACCUGGACUUGUUCUAGCAGGACUUCGGGCUGCCCAGCCAAAGUGAAGCUGGUGGAUGACACCAUCCGAGUAACCAGCUUGGAGCACAAUCACGGUGCACCCGCGUACUACGUCAAACCAGACGGAAACUACGUGUUUUAUCGGCGACGCGACUCAAAACCAAAAUAUUUGAAAAAAUUCUUGCAGAAAGGGGAGAGAGUGAAGGAUAGAGGAAAACAACAGGCUGAGGGUCCAAAUGGUUCCUAAGGCCACAGAUUCACACAAAAAUCAAUUAGACACUUACAUCAGGGCAUCUGCCCUGUGAUGGUACAUAUCUAUGUACCAUCGUCUGCAUCUCACUUAACACCAGGUGUGAUUGCGGUCAAAUACCUGUCUAGUUAUGCAUAAAAUUAAGUACGUGUAAAACCGCGCACUAUUGCACGUACUGUGUGCUUACCAUGAGUUUACGUUAGGUGUGCUCGCUAGCGACUACGUAAAAAAAUGACAUUAAUUGUAUGACAUAUUGUGCAGCGCCCCUAGCGGCUACUUUGAAGAAACAAAAUCUUCAUAGUGAUUUUUGACGUACUCGCUAGCGAGCACACCUAACGUAAACUCAUGGUAGGUACACUGUUUGUACAUUGUGUGAGUAUACUAAACUGUUACUUAGCCUGGGAAACCUAUUUCUAGGCCCAGAUGAAAUAGGACAAUUGCCCGCAACAUAUGUAUAUGACGUUUGGUUAGCCUAACCAUAAUAGAUUAUUAUAAUUAUAUAGUGUAGUUCCAAUAAUAAACGAGUUGAAUUUAUAACCUUCUUUUUAAGUAAUUUAAAAUAGUCUCUA